AUGAGGCGGAAUCGCUCCCCGACAUCGCCCUCGCCCUACCGCGCCCUCGCCCACGGCGCCGGCGCCGGCGGGGUGCCGGAUUCCAUCUCCCUCCUCAGGUCCUUCAAUGUUGACACGAACCCUACUCGGCCCAUGCGGCCCUCUCCGCUGACUGCCUCGACCAUACGCGAUAUGCCACUCGAUUUGGUUGACCGCAUCAGAUCCUUUCCCCUAUUCGUGUCUGCACCCGAUGAAUUCUUGGCCGCGAUCGGGAACCACCUAAGGCCGCAGGUGCACGCAGCCCAAGAUCAUAUCCUUACCGAAGGCGACGAUGCCAGAGCAAUGUACUGGCUGGUGCGCGGGGUAGUGGCUGUUACCUCACGUGACGGUGAAGCCAUAUACGCGGAACUCAAACCCGGCGCCUUCUUUGGCGAGAUCGGCGUGCUAAUGGACAUACCCCGGACUGCAACCAUCGUUGCCCGGACAAAAUGUCUGCUUGUCGUCCUUAAGAAGGAGGAUCUCCAGGCCGAGUUACCAAAGUUUCCGGAUAUGGAGCGGGCGAUCCGUCACGAAGCUCAAGAACGACUGAACAUUCUCAAAAAGAAGCGUCAGGAAGGAGGGCAAGCUAUCAAGCCGCCCUCGACCCUCAUCAACGGUGUCAGAGAGCCAGCGCCGGGGGAGGUUUCCACUGGCGAAAUAGGUACCAUCAGGGAAGGCACAGUCGUCAACUCGAAGAAGAGGAAGUCUCCUAGCCCCGGAGCCAUCGAGGAUCCUGCUGCGGGAAGCGCUCUCGGCAGUGGUUUUGUCAACGUGCGAAGGACAUUACGGGAGUUGCCCCUGUUCUCAACGCUGCCUCCGGACAUUCUCCACCAGCUGGGUUUGAGUGCCCAGCCAAAGACUUACUCGCCCUUCACGGACAUCGUCCAGCAAGGAUCAGCGGGCAACGAGAUUUUCUUUAUUGUGCGCGGGGAGGCAGAGGUAAUCCACGAGACUCAAAACACCAACGAGCCCUUCAAGAAAAUGACCCGCGCGACAUAUCUCCGGCCAAGAUUGAAGGCCGGUCAGUAUUUCGGUGAGGUAGCCAGUCUUGGGCUGUCCGAAGGCCGGACAGCGACUGUGCGUGCCAUCACCACGGUCGAGUGUCUGAUGAUACCUGGUGACGCAUUAGACACGCUGUGGAGCCGCUGCCCGCCCGACAUCAAGUCGCAAGUGGAAGAGACGGCACGCAAGAGGUACAAGACGUCAGACGAGGACAUAGAAAUGGCGGAUGCCGUCCCGAGAGAGCGCGCCAGCAAGUCGGACCCUCCCACGCCGACAUCGCCCAAGGCUCUGCCGCAUAUGACCUUCACGACCCCUUCAAAACCCGCGUCCCCCACGAAAGAUGACAGCGAAACCAUGGAACCCAAGGAUCCGGAUCCCUUCUUGAGCGUGGAUAUGGAGAACAUGCGGAACAGGAGACGCAAUUCCCUGGCUCCACCUACUCCUCAAUCCGACAACUCCUCGCCGAUAGCGUUGAACGGGUUCAGGGUCCACCAGAUGGAAUCGACGCCGCUCCGUUUCUCCAUUCCCCAGUCCCCUCCCGACUCAGAAGUACCUGUCAAGCGAGCCCGAACGUUGCCGCGCCGGCCUCACCUGACUUUGGUCCCCGCUCUCCCCGACGACAUGCUGGUCGCAGUCUUCCGGUAUCUGGACAUUGCUGAGCUGAUGCGGGCGCGACUCGUUUCCCACCACUGGCGCAAGUUGUUGACGACGAAUCCCAAGGUGUGCUUAGAUCUGGACCUGUCCGAGUACAAUAGAAGAGUCACAGAUGUGGCCAUCAAGACAGUAAUUGGCCCUUUCGCCGGUACGCGUCCCGAGACCAUCGAUAUCAGCAACUGUUUCCACAUCACGGAUGAGGGUUUCCGUAGUUUGUGGGAAGCCUGCGGUCGCAAUGUCAAGCGGUGGCGCAUGCGGUCGGUGUGGGAUGUGUCUGCGAACCAGAUCUUGGAUAUGGCGGAGAAUGCCAAGGGCCUUGAGGAGAUCGACUGGAGCAACUGCCGCAAGGUUGGUGACAACCUACUCGCCCGCGUUGUCGGCUGGGUGGUUCCUGAGCCGCCACCACAGCCGGCGCCCAGCAAGCAAGUGGUGAUUUCCAGCUCUACCGCCAAGUCGAAACCUCAGAAGGCCGCGACCCAGCAAAUCCAGCAACGGGCGGCGGCCAACGUCCCCAAGCCGGGCACCAUCAUUGGCUGUCCUGCCCUCAAGCACCUCAACCUGUCAUACUGCAAACACAUCACUGAUAGGUCAAUGGCGCAUCUCGCAGCGCAUGCGUCCAAUCGCUUAGAGUCACUAUCCCUGACACGCUGCACGUCCAUCACCGACGCGGGCUUCCAGUCGUGGGCCCCUUUCCGCUUCCUGAAUCUGUCACAUCUAUGCCUGGCUGACUGCACCUACCUCUCCGACAACGCCAUUGUUGCUCUUGUCGGUGCGGCCAAGAACCUGACGCACCUCGACCUGUCUUUUUGCUGUGCUCUUUCCGAUACAGCAACGGAAGUGGUCGCGCUCGGCCUGCCACAGCUGCGAGAGCUCCGUCUUGCCUUCUGCGGCAGCGCCGUUUCGGACGCGAGCUUACAAUCAGUGGCUUUGCACCUGAACGAACUCGAGGGCAUUUCGGUCCGAGGCUGCGUUAGAGUCACUGGCGGCGGAGUCGAAAACCUACUCGAGGGAUGCGGUCGGCUACAAUGGGUGGACGUGAGUCAGUGUCGGAAUCUCGAGACCUGGAUCCGAAGCGGAGGUGUCAUGCGAUGGGGGUUCGACGAGCGUGGUGGCAACGGCCUGUCACCUGGGCAGGUGCCGCUGCCGCUGCCCAACCCGUCGCGCACUACGAACCACGUCGGCUUGGGCGGACGACCACUGAGCUUCCGCCGAAGGACGAGAAAGCCCGUGCGGUUCAUUGUGGAAAAGGGCUCGUUCAGCCUCCGAUGA